AGGAUGUAUGGGUCAUUUUGACCAGUCAUUCCCUCGCUCUGGCAUCCCACAAUUUUUCCGCCUCCCUCCGAAAGAGAUAAUAAUAUUUAGAGGCGUUCGCUGGGGCUGAAUGAGAAUUAGCCCUAGGCGCAGCCUAUCAUUAGGACGGGACAGCAGGGCCACUGUGACAUUUUUAAGAAAGCUGAGAUGAUGGAAAGAAUAAGAAAAGAGAUGAUUCUGAUGGAAAGAGGGCUGCACAGCCCUACGGCUGGCAAGAGAUUCUCCAAUUUGUCCGACUCGGCUGGCAAUGCUGUGCUCGAGGCCCUGGAAAAUUCGCAGCACCCGGCUCGCCUCAGCCCGCGCCUGCCGUCUGCCCCCCUGCACGGCGCUCUGGGAGACCUCCCCGCCAAGGGCAAAUUCGAAAUAGACACUUUGUUCAACCUGCAGCACACGGGCAGCGAAAGCACCGUCUCCUCCGAAAUCUCCUCCGCCGCCGAGAGCCGCAAGAAGCCGGGCCAUUAUUCAGAGGCGGCCGCCGAGGCGGACAUGAGCAGCGACGUGGAGGUGGGCUGCUCCGCGCUGCGCUCCCCCGGUGGCCUAGGCACCGCUCAGCUCAAGGAAAACAAUGGCAAAGGGUACGCAGAGAGCGGCUCGGCUGCCGGCACCACGACGUCGGCAUCGGGCUCAGGCCUUGGAAGCCUGCAUGGAGGCAGCGGAGGCAGCGGCGGGGUCGCGGCGCUGGGUGGCUCCGGCUCUGGCGCGGAUCAAGUGCGGCGCUACCGUACGGCGUUCACCCGCGAGCAGAUCGCGCGCCUGGAGAAGGAGUUCUACCGGGAGAACUAUGUGUCGCGGCCCCGCCGGUGCGAGCUGGCCGCGGCGCUCAACCUGCCCGAAACCACCAUCAAGGUGUGGUUCCAGAAUCGGCGCAUGAAGGACAAGCGGCAGCGCCUGGCGAUGUCCUGGCCGCACCCAGCGGACCCCAGCUUCUACACCUACAUGAUGACGCACGCGGCCGCCACCGGAAGCCUGCCCUACCCCUUCCACUCGCACGUGCCGCUGCACUACUACCCGCACGUGGGCGUCACGGCGGCGGCGGCCGCGGCUGCAGCCUCUGGCGCGGCGGCCGCAGCUUCGUCGCCGUUCGCUACUUCCAUCCGGCCACUGGACACCUUCCGCGCCCUCUCGCACCCCUACUCUCGGCCGGAACUGCUAUGUAGCUUCCGCCACCCUGGUCUCUACCAGGCUCCCGCGGCCGCCGCAGGGCUCAACAGCGCGGCCUCGGCCGCCGCGGCCGCGGCCGCGGCAGCGGCUGCGGCCUCCUCCGCGGCGGCGGCCGGAGCGCCCCCCAGCGGCGGCUCUGCACCCUGCUCGUGCCUCAGUUGCCACAGCAGUCAGUCGGCGGCAGCAGCCGCGGCAGCAGCUGCCGCGGCCCUUGGCUCCCGGGGUGGCGGUGGCGGCGGUGGUGGUGGCGGCGGCGGCGGCGGGGGCGCAGGGGCCGGAGGAGGCUCGGACUUCGGCUGCAGCGCGGCGGCACCGCGUUCCGAGAGCGGCUUCCUGCCAUACUCGGCCGCGGUGCUUAGUAAGACGGCCGUGAGCCCGCCGGACCAGAGGGACGAGGCUCCGCUCACCAGAUAACUACGUCGCCACCGCCAGGGGGCCGCGCCCGCCGCUCUGAGUGUGCCCGGGAGUCCCCUGUGAGCCCCCUGAACCCUCCGCGCGCUGCCCGCUGCUACCGCUGCCGCCAGGGGGCGCCCCGGGGUGCGGGAGGCCGAAGGGAACCUGCCCCGAAUUGGGGGAGAAAGAGCAGGCGCAGAAGCCUGGCAGGCAUCCCCCUAAAUUAUUUCUAUUUUUGUAUUUGCCACCCAGCCGUUUGCCCUUCUCUGUUUUCUGGCUCCCAGGACCCACUUGCCACCUCUGUCCUGAGCGCGUGGUUCCCCAAAGACAAACCCGUCGCCCCCUAAGCUAGUUCUGGCUGUGCGCUCUCAGGCCCGGGUUGCUUGGCUGAACCGCGUGGCCCGAAGCAGCCGAGAACCACAACAAAGACAGAGGGGGAUGCUGUGCGCUGGUGCUUGGGGGCGGGGGAGGAGUCGCCCCGGAGGUUUCUCGCUGUUGCUCUUUUUCUUCCAUCCUUCCUUUUCUUUCAACGAGGGUGGGGGAGGUGGCAAAUGUUUCUUCAGCCUGAGCUUGUUAGGGACCCUGCCCGAAGAGAGCGGGAGAACGGAGGUCUGAGAAGGCCGGGAGGGCGGAUGGAGAGCCUGGGCAGCGGCGGUUGUGUUUGUGAGAUUGUUUACUGCGUUCAGGAGCAAGGCGGGUAGAGCUGUGGCCGCCUUCCCCGGGAAGGACAAACCCGAGGUGCUGGAAGGGGUGGCCGUUGCGCCGCCUCCUUCUCGGUCCAACACCGUUCUCUCUUUUGGUCUUUGGUUUCAGUGCUGAUGGAAUGGAAGUAUCUUGCAUAUUUUAUGCAAAAAGUGAUGGCAAAAGAGGAUGUCACAGCCAGGCCAGGGAAGGGAAAAGAAGGGGUUGGGGGUGGGGGCAAGAUUGAUAGAUCGCUGUAGUAUUUGAAGAGGCUUUUUCAGCUCAGUUUUCCAACUACCGGGUUCCACUCGAUCUGGGAAAUACUUGAAUCUCUAGAUAUAUUAGUGUUAUCCUAAAGCAUUUCCUUAGACACUUUUCUAAGUUAGAACUCUCUAUGCCCCUCGUCCUCUUCCCUCCUCGCUUUGCUUUUCCUCGGGUGAAAUGGUUCUUGGCAUAUUUCUCACGCAUGUCUAUUGCGCCUUCGCCUCUGCAAAGCCACCGCUGGGUUGCUGAGACCCGCUCUGCCAACCUGGCUACUGGAGGGGUUUACUUGAACUUGAAGAAAGGUACAUCAAAACCCACCAGUGUUAACUGCCACGUCAAUUUUGAUGCUAAUAAUGUGCAGAUUAUGACGAAAAUUGCCAAUCAUGCUCUCUGAUGGACCUCCUUUGAAUGUGGAAUUGGAGAAAAGUUCCCCGCACGGAGACCUGCUGUCAAGUACUAACAACCCGCUAAGGGAAGUCAUUAGGAGAGACGGAUAAGAGACUCGGUACAUAAAACAUUGUUCUUGGUGCAUAGAAUGUAUGUUAUUUAAUGUUAUCUCUGUUACCUGAAGUGAUUUCGCAGAAGAAAGCCACGUUCUUAUCAUCUCAAUUGCCAAUUUCAUUUUGGUAACUUGGACGCCCUGGGUAGACUUUUCUCUGUUAAGUUGAUAUUCCACCAAUGUGAACAGCCUCAUUAAAUCAAGCCCAGAUAUUUCCAUAAUGUUCCCCGCAGAGCCACUUCGCUCCUCACAUAAUGAGAUUUUCUGAAGAGUUGAAGCCCUAAAAUAACUUGCUAGUGCAUGUUUAGGCCCAGCGAAGUGGGUAUGUGUGUG